CCCGCUCUUCCGGGCGCCGCACACUGCUUCCGCCUCUGCGUUUCCACGGCGACGCGGCGCCCCGGCUUUCUCCGGUCCUGUUGUUUCAGUGGGACCCGUUGGCAUCCAGAGAUGUCAACCCCACCUCUGGCCGGGGCGGGGAUGCCUCCCGGUGCAUUCUCAGGAACACAGGCUCAGGCAGCUAGGGAGGUCAAUACAGCAUCUCUGUGCCGUAUCGGCCAGGAGACCGUGCAGGACAUUGUGUUUCGAACCAUGGAAAUCUUCCAGUUACUGAGGAACAUGCAGUUGCCAAAUGGUGUAACUUAUCAUACUGGAACGUAUCAAGACAGACUGGGAAAACUACAGGAGCAUCUCCGUCAGCUAUCAAUACUCUUCAGAAAACUGAGAUUGGUCUAUGACAAAUGUAAUGAAAACUGUGCUGGACUCGAUCCUAUUCCCAUAGAACAACUUAUUCCAUAUGUUGAAGAAGAUGGCUCCAAGCAUGAUGAUCGUGGUGCUGCUAGUCAGCUUCGUUUUGCUAGUGAAGAGAGAAGGGAAAUCAUGGAAGUAAAUAAGAAACUGAAACUGAAGAAUCAGCAACUGAAGCAGAUCAUGGAUCAGUUACGGAAUCUCAUUUGGGACAUAAAUGCCAUGUUGGCAAUGAGGAACUGAACAAGGAAAAUCGAACUCCAUAACAGAAAAUAUACAAAUAUGUUCGAGUAUGCUUCAUUUUAAGAAUAAAUAUUUUUUCCUACA